GUAAAAUGACCCAGCCGUCACUAUUGUCUCAGCUAAGCGAACAGACUGUGAGGCGGGCAGACGUCAGCUUUCUUCUUUCCCUUGCAAUUGCCUUUGAGCACCUGUGUCUUUAAGAGACGCGCCCCGCCCCCGUCUUCCCGCUGACAAGAUGGCGGCCGAGAUUAGAGGAUUACCUUAUGCUGUAUUUAAGUGGAGCUCGUUUUCUUCCAGUUAUUUACCCGAAAACAUUCUAGUAGAUAAGCCCAAUGAUCAGUCUUCAAGAUGGUCAUCAGAAAACAAUAAUCCACCUCAGUAUCUGAUAUUAAAACUGGAAAGGCCAGCAAUUUUACAAAGCAUAACGUUUGGAAAGUAUGAAAAGACUCAUGUUUGUAAUUUAAAGAAAUUUAAAGUCUUUGGUGGAAUGAAUGAAGAAAACAUGACCGAGCUUUUAUCUAGUGGCCUGAAAAAUGAUUACAACAAAGAGACAUUUACAUUAAAACAUAAAAUAGAUGAGCAGAUGUUUCCCUGUCGAUUUAUUAAAAUAGUGCCACUCUUAUCCUGGGGGCCAAGCUUUAACUUUAGCAUCUGGUAUGUUGAAAUCAAUGGCAUUGAUGAGCCAGAUGUGGUACAGCCCUGUCUUCACUGGUACAGUAAGUACCGUGAACAAGAAGCCAUACGCCUUUGUCUGAAGCACUUUCGUCAGCACAACUACACAGAAGCUUUUGAAUCUUUGCAAAAGAAAACCAAAAUUGCCUUAGAACACCCCAUGUUAACAGAGUUACAUGACAAACUGGUGCUGAAAGGAGACUUUGACAGUUGUGAGGCCUUGAUUGAAAAGGCUGUCAAUGACGGACUCUUCAGUCAGUACAUCAGUCAGCAGGAAUACAAACCACAGUGGAACCAGAUAAUACCUAAAAUCACCAAAGGAGAUGGAGAGGACAGUAGACCAGGAAUGAGAGGGGGUCAUCAAAUGGUCAUCGAUGUACAGUCUGAGAUGGUGUAUUUAUUUGGCGGUUGGGAUGGAACUCAAGAUUUGGCAGAUUUUUGGGCUUAUAGUGUCGGAGAGAACCAGUGGAUAUGCAUUUCAAGAGACACUGAAAAAGAGAAUGGUCCCAGCGCUAGGUCCUGCCACAAGAUGUGUAUUGACACCCAACGGAGGCAAAUUUACACCCUUGGUCGAUAUUUGGAUUCUUCUGUAAGAAACAGCAAGUCUCUGAAAAGUGAUUUCUACUGCUAUGAUAUUGAUACCAACACAUGGACAUUGUUAAGUGAAGACACAUCUGCAGAUGGGGGGCCGAAGCUAGUAUUUGAUCACCAGAUGUGUAUGGACUCUGAAAAGCAUAUGAUCUAUACAUUUGGGGGCCGUAUCUUGACUUGCAAUGGCAGUGUGGAUGACAGCAGGGCCAAUGAACCCCAGUUUAGUGGGCUUUUUGCGUUUGAUUGUCACUCGCAGACAUGGAAACUGCUCAGAGAGGACUCAUGCAAUGCUGGGCCUGAGGAUAUCCAGUCACGGAUAGGACACUGCAUGCUUUUUCACUCUAAAAAUCGUUGUUUGUAUGUGUUUGGUGGGCAACGAUCAAAGACUUACUUAAACGACUUCUUCAGUUAUGAUGUGGACCGAGACCAUGUGGAAAUUAUAUCAGAUGGCACUAAAAAAGAUUCUGGCAUGGUGCCUAUGACUGGCUUCACACAGAGGGCCACCAUUGAUCCCGAGCUAAAUGAAAUCCAUGUUUUGUCAGGACUCAGUAAAGAUAAAGAAAAAAGGGAAGAAAAUGUUAGGAACUCCUUCUGGAUUUAUGACAUUGUUCGAAAUAGCUGGUCAUGUGUCUACAAGAAUGAUCAGGCAUCUAAGGAAAACACUAAUAAAAACGCCCAGGAAGAGGAACCAUGCCCCAGAUUUGCACAUCAGUUGGUUUAUGAUGAACUGCACAAGGUCCAUUAUCUGUUUGGAGGAAACCCAGGGAAGUCGUGCUCUCCGAAGAUGAGACUGGAUGACUUUUGGUCAUUAAAACUUUGCCGACCUUCUAAGGAAUAUUUGUUGAGACACUGUAAAUACCUAAUUCGAAAACACAGGUUUGAAGAGCGUGCCCAGACGGAGCCCCUCAGUGCACUGAAAUAUUUGCAAAAUGAUUUGUUUGUCACUGUGGAUCACUCAGACCCUGAAGAAACUAAAGAGUUUCAGCUACUUCCUUCAGCACUUUUCAAAUCAAAUAAAGACUUCACCCCACUUGGUUUCUCCGAUGUUGACCACACUUACUUUCAGAGAACUCAGCUCUUUGAUGUUCUAGUCAACUUUUUCCCAGAUUCCAUGACUCCUCCCAAAGGCAACCUUGUUGAUCUUAUUACUCUGUAAAGAAAAAUAAAAAGCAAGACAACAACAACGGACACAGACACAAAGCAGAACAAAGAAUCCCAGACUGAUAAUCUUUGUUUUUGGCUUUUUUAUGUUUUUUGUUUGCACUGGAGAUUGACUGUGAUAUAGCAAACACUUGGUGCCAUGCUUGAGUGGUAGCCUGAUUGUACCCAGUAGUACCUGAAAGACAAACACCCCACUUUCCCCUCAAAAAUAUCCAUACAUUUUUAGGAGUGGCCUGUGAAAUUAUUCACAAUAGAGAGCCCCCCCCAUCUCUUAAUGCUCAACGAAAUGCAUUAUUAUGGGGGCAUAUGUGUAUGUUAUAAUAACAUGAAAAAUGCUUGCAUCUGUGCUGAACAGGAAUAAGUCCACAAGAAGACUUUGUGGACCAGGACACUACUGGAUCUCCUCCUGUACAGCUUCUGUAUUUUCUGUAUAAAGAAAAUAAAUACUUUUUUGCCAUUUUUAUUUUUUUUUCACAGCCUUACACUGAAUUUCUAGUCAUGGCUUGUAAAAUAAAUAAAUAAAUAAAUAAAUGGACAUGUAACCCAAAGAUUAUGGGCACUGUGGGAAACUGGGCUAAAAAGUCAAUGUUAAUUUAUUGUUAUUCUUAUAUUGAAUAUUGUCAAAAUGGCUAAAAAGUUUAAUGUGGUAUGAGAAAUAAAUCAUACAUUCUGUUCUAACAUCGGUCGCUGCUUGGGAUGAAUGGUAACAACUGGCCAGUGCUCUUAGAAAGCUGCAAGGGCUCAUUUAAGCAAUAAGUGGCACCAAUGCAUAGAUAACACCAUGCCAGCAUACUGUACAUCCCGGGUUGUGAGCAGAGUCUGUGCAGCACAGCAUGUGUCCUAAUUGUUAUUCCCUUUUUAAUCCUUAUCCCUUUUGUCAUAAGGUUUGCAGCAAAUGAUAGCUUUUGUAUGGAUACCAGUCAGGUACCAUUAGUUGUCCAUGAACCAUAUUAUUCGUUUAUUGGUGAGAGGUGCAAGUUUUGUAGGAUUUAAGAUAUUGUUUGUUUUUUUUUUCUUCUCCAUUUUAAAUGGUUUUCAAUUCAUUUCAUAAGAAACCUAAAUUUAUAUCCUAAAAGGCACAAAGAGAAGAAACUACUCUAGGGCUAGAGCACAUGUGGGCUUAUUGACUACAGUGCAAAUUUUCUCCUACGUCAAUAAGCCAGGUAAAUUUUUGCAACAACAUUAUGUAUUUGCUUAAAAUUAUGCAACAGUACAAACAUAUGGGGAAAAUAUCCUGGCGAGUGAACACCAAAAAGCAAUCGUACAUAAUGAGAAGUGUCUGCUGUAUCCUAAUAAUGAUAGUUGGCCGGUAUGGACUUGGCGAAUUUACUGUACUGUGUAGUUUCUCAAUGGCAAUGUAAUUAUGUUUGUGAAAAGACACAAAUGUUUGGCAGCGUAAAGAUAACAUGCUGAACUUUGUUGUGCCUGCAUUUAAGUAAAUUACUUGUAUUAUUUAGAAUUUUCAUUUUUUGGAGAAAGAUAAUCAAAUUUGGCAUUUUCCACUUUAAUAAAUAGUCCAGUGGUGUCUAUUCUCUGCUAGCAUUCUUUAGUGGUGGGGAAGUACCACACAAAUGCUUCAGCCUCAUGGGUCAAUUAUACAUAGGCUAAUAUACAAGUCGCUGCAACUAAUUGCACACAGAUUUGCGUUGUGCUAAUAAGUAGCAGUGACUAAUCGCCCUGUGUGUGUUUGCCCUAAAUAGGGAUAUGCAGGCAGCUCUAAAAGUAGCGCACAGUUGGAAAGCACCAUCUCCCAAGCCAGCCAAGUGUCCUAUUUAAGUGAAUGGGAAUCUUAUUUAGGAUUCUGAUGGAGCUCUAUUUAUCCCAUGAAAUCACAUCUAUCCUGUUUAAUAUGAGAGGCAGUUCAGAUCUAUUAUUAUUUUUACUUAUGAUUUUUCCUGACAAAUGUCAUGUAGAUAGACUAUAGACAGAUCUUUAAAUAUGAUCUUGCCUUUACCUACAUUACUGUGGUGUAGAUAGGAAAUGUAUGUAUAGCAUGGGUAUGCAGCCCUACAGUUGGAGGCUGGUUUCUUUUAUACUGAAACACUUUUAGCCAUUCUUAAUAUUUCAUUAUAAUUUACAUAAAUUGUACCAGGUAAUAAUGGUAAAACAGGGUUAUUUAGUAUAAAAUGCAGAAUUAGUGGUGCUGCUGCCCAGUUACAAACUAAAGGCACGAAGUGUGUUGGAGAAAGUCACAACCCCCGUGUUCUUCCAUUUCUGGCCACCUAUUUAAGGCCACCAUUCAUUUUGAAAAGUUUGUAAAUCUUUGCAUAAAAAUAGAUGUAUUAUGUACCAAUAAGUAUAAAAAUUGUCUUAUAUGUG